AACUCGGGCUGCCGACGCGAGCGCGGCGCGAUGGCGUAUUGUGUGCGCGCGCCUUCUAGCUUUUCCCCUCCCGAUCCGGCUGAUGGCUUUCGAGAUGCCUGCACCCGGCGACCGGACGGCGCUUUGUUGUUGCCAUUGAGAACAAAAUGAAGGAAGAGGAUGACAACCAAAAAAAAAACACUGCAGUGCCGUUAAGUGGAGUUCCAGCUAGACAGAGGCUGUGACGCGUGCUAACCUUGAAGAAUGCUCCUGCACCGUCGUUGUUUAAUGCUAUAAAUAAAGGUGGUCAGCUCUUCCAAGUCCCAGGCGCAAGCUGCCUAGUUCUGUUCUGCCAAGAAACGCCUCCUGCUCUCCUCCCUCCUCCAUCAUCCUCGCCAUGGCUCUCGAGUCUGUUCCUACAUAUCUCAGCGAUUUGGGAUCCCACCAGGCUGCCAGAGCCCAGCAGCAAAGAAUCAGGAAAGAUGAGCGCAUCUGGACCUCAGACACAUAUGCUCCCUACGACGACGGGCACCAGUGGAGGAAGUAUGGCGAGAAGAAGCUCUCCAACUCCAACUUCCCAAGGUUCUAUUACAGAUGCACCUACAAGAACGACAUGAAGUGCCCGGCUACAAAGCAAGUCCAACAGAAGGACACAAGCGACCCACCGUUGUUCUCUGUCACUUACUUCAACCAUCACACCUGCAGCAGCAUCUCAAAUCCCAUAGGAAGCACGAGAGACGUUGCCGCACAAUCGGCCUCGAGCAAAGCGGUGUCAAUCUGCUUCAGCCCGCAUUAUUCUUUCAGAGAUGAGCCACAGUCACCGAUUGCACAUUCUUUCAGAGGCAACCAGCAGCCAGCUGAGAGGAGCGCCUAUGCAACAAGCCAGUUUCAGUGGACCGCCGCAUCGUCUCCGUCUCCUACCAGUAAUGACAGUCCGGUUAAGAUGGAGGUUGACACUUUUUCAGGAGCAAGCGCUUCUUCAUCCAGCUCCAGCAGCAUGGGUUCUCUCCCGAGGACGAGGACGUUGCUACCGAUCGGUCAGUCCAGAUGCAUCGAGUACUUCCAUUUCUUGUGAUGAGAAGAAGGUGGCCGUUUCUUUUUUUUUCUUUUUUUUUUUUUGAGCGCCAAGUGAAGUCAUAUGUGGGCGUUGGAGGCAAGUAACAUUGCUGUGCCGUCCCGGGCAUGAACCACAGGGACCCAACCUACAGGUCCCCAUAGAGAUGUUCGUUCACUGUUGGCUGUUGCUUACUUGUUUACUGUCAGAUUGAAGCCACAUUUUUGUGCUUGAAUAUGAUGUGAAGAAUGGCACUGGCACUGGAGUUUCUUUUAUCUGGUAGACUGAAGCCACAUUCGUGAUUGAAUAUGACGUGAGGAAUGGCAUUGGAGUUUCUUUUAUAGUGAUAGACUGGUUUUUGAGGUAGCACCAUUUGUUUGUUUAGGGAUGAUUGUAGUUUGUAUGGAAUUCCUGACAAAAGGUAUUGCCUGGUGAUUCUGCUAGCUCUACUACUGAAAUAGUAGCGAAUUUGAAAUAUGUCCUGCGCUAUUGUAGUUCAAUGUUGAAGUGGAGCUUGCGAGUUGAGACUACAGUGGCUUCAGUGAACUUACUGCCUCGAUGGCCACCUGGGUUAUCCUUAUAUUGAUACAUGUGAAGAAUGCAGAUUGAAGUUUCUCUACCAAAGUACUAGUAGUACAUUAUUGUAGUAAACAGUUCAUUGCUUUAGCUCUCUGUCUCUAAAUAAACAGUUUAAGUUUUGGAGACAAAAAAUGACAAUCUUAGCUCAAUCGGAUCUCUAGAGUUGGCACAUGGACCAGAAGAUUUCACUUUAAUCAUGCUUUUAAUCAUGUGGAUUGGGACUGUUUCUCUACCAAUAUGUGAAAGUCUUUCGGUGUGUGGGGCCUGUUUGUGUGUUUGGGCUGUAUUGUACCUCUGUGGGCUUGUAAAAUGGAGAAACAAAGUCUAUUUUUCCUC